GAACUGAUGCCUGUUUGAAGGCUGCUACUCUCCCACCACCACACCACCAUUGCCAAGAGUACCCGAGAGACUUUUGAGAAAUGGCGGCGACGACGAACGGUGUUGGUGCUGCGCCGCUUCUAGAAGCGCUCUUGAAGGCGCCCAACGCAGAAGAGUGCCAGGUGGCCGCCGAGAAGCUGGCCACGCACGUCAACGAGACUGGCUUUCGCGCCCUCGAUGACGAGGGCAUCCUCGAGGGACUCCUCAAGGCAGCCAAAAACAAAAAGUCUGGCUUCGAAAGAGAGUCAGCUGCCACGGGCCUGUCUGCCGUCUUUACGAAAGUCGGAGGCAAGAACUCGCCAUCCCCUCUUGGCGCUGAGCCCUGGUUCCUCCCGACCUUGCCCGUUCUCCUCGACCUGCAUGCCGACAAGGGCGACGUCGUGCGCGAUGCCGCCGACGAGGCUGUCCGCUCGCUGAUGACGCUUCCCCCGCCAGAAGCUGCGCCUGAAGUCCUCGCGACCCUCUACGAGGUGCUCGAGAGCAGCUCGACAAAGUGGCAGGCCAAGGUGGCUGCGCUCAAGAUCAUUGGCAGGCUCGCUGAGUCGGCCUCGGAGCAGAUUGGCGAGCAACUCGUCGACCUGAUUCCUCACCUCAAGAACUGCAUGUCCGACACCAAGGCUGAGGUCUCGAAACAAGCCGUCAAGACAACGACAAAGGUCUGCGGUGUCAUUGACAACAAUGACAUUCGACCCCACCUGGGUUCCCUCGUCGAAUCGAUGCGCGCGCCCGACACUGUCCCAGAGUGCAUCAAGCGUUUGUCGGCCACGACUUUCGUCGCUGAAGUGACGGGUCCAGCGCUGGCCAUCAUGGUGCCGCUCCUCGCUCGUGCGCUCAACGAGCGAAACCAAAAUGUCCAGCGUCAGGUUUCAAUCAUUGUCGAGAACCUUACCAAGCUCGUCAGGGACCCCCACCAGGCUGUUCGUUUCCUCCCGGCUCUGACGCCCGGUGUCGAGCGUAUCGCCGUUGGUGCCAGCUUCCCCGAGGUUCGUGACCACGCGCAGAGCGCGCUCGACACCCUCAAAGCGGCGACCAAGGUCGUCGGCGAGGCAAAGGCAGAGGAAGACCCCAAGGUUCAAUUCAACACAGCAAAGAACGAAGCAAGCGAUCGUAUUUACAAGGCCGUUGCUGCUCACGUCGAUGCCAAGCUCACUGACGUGGCCAAGGACAAGUGGGCCAAAAUCGGCCUCGACUACCUUGCCGCCAUCAUCACGCGCCUGGCAGACAAGCGAAUCGUCCAACAGAGUGCCUGGGAUGACGUCUACGUGCUGCCCUAUCUGCGCCGCGUCUGCUCUUCGCCCGAAGGAGCCAAGGCUGCAACAGAUGCCCUUCGCCAGCAAUACUCGGAGCUCGACCGACAGCGCUUUGGUGCGCCGGAGGAGGAUGACGAGGAAAUCAGCGGAGAGUGCCUUGUCAACAUCCAGUUCUCGCUUGCUUAUGGAGGUCUUUUGCUCCUGAAUCACACCAAGCUUCGCCUGCACCGCGGUCACCGUUACGGUGUCGUGGCUGCCAACGGAAGUGGCAAAUCGACCUUGCUCAAGGCCAUGCGCGACGGCAAGGUCGAGAACUACCCUUCGGAGGCUGAUGGCUUGCGCACUGUCAUGGUCGAGCACAACCAAGGCGAGGGUGGUGACAUGAGAAUCGUCGACUUUGUUCAUCAAGACGCCACAAUCGCCAAGAUGGGCAAGACAAUCGAGCAGGUCUCGGAUGCUCUUAAGGAGGUCGGUUUCGAUGACGAGAGAAGAGUGGCUCCCGUUUCGUCGCUUUCUGGUGGCUGGAAGAUGAAGCUGGCCCUGGCAAAGGCAAUGUUGACGGGUGCAGACGUCUUGCUUCUCGACGAACCCACCAACCACCUUGACGUCCAAUCAGUCAAGUGGCUCGAGACCUAUCUCACCUCGAACCCCAACAUCACUGUUCUGACCGUCAGUCACGACUCUGGAUUCCUCGACAAUGUGUGCACCGAUAUCAUGCACUACGAGAACAAGAAGAUUAAGUACUACCCAGGCAACCUGGCCAAGUUCGUCGAGAAGCACCCUGAGGCGAAGUCGUACUACACACUCUCGACGACCAAUGCGAAGUUCACCUUCCCUCCGCCGGGCUCCCUCAUGGGCAUUCGCUCCAACACGCGAACAAUCCUCAAGGUCACUGACGCCACCUUCACCUACCCUGGCGCACCCAAGCCCAGCUUGUCCAAUGCCUCAGUGGCUGUGAGCCUCUCGAGCCGCGUCGGAGUGCUGGGUCCCAACGGUGCAGGAAAGAGCACUCUGAUCAAGAUCAUGACGCAGGAGAUGGUACCUCAGUCGGGCAAGGUCGAGCGACACCCGAAUCUGCGUAUCUCAACCCUGCACCAGCACGCAUUCCACCACCUCGAGCAGCACCUUGAGAAGACGGCUUGCCAGUACAUCACCUGGCGAUUCCAGGACGGACACGAUCGUGAGAUCAGCGAGAUGGCAACAAGAAAAGUGUCUGCCGAGGAGCAAGAGCAGAUGGACCGGCCCAUCACAUCAUCGACAGGCGAGAAGCGCAAGAUCGAGUACAUUGUUGGACGUCAGAAGCUCAAGAAGUCUUACCAGUACGAGAUCAAGUGGGUUGGGAUGGAGCACCGACACAACACCUGGAUUCCCCGCGAGAGGCUCAAGGAGCUAGGCUUCGACAAGCUGCUCCAGAAGUUCGACGACUUUGAGAGCUCAAGAGAAGGAGCUGGUAGCAAGGAGCUGAGCCAGAAGGCAAUCCGAAAGCAUCUUACAGACAUUGGCCUCAACGGAGAGAUCGCAGAGCACCACGAAAUGUCGGGCUUGUCAGGUGGGCAAAAGGUCAAAGUCGUUCUUGCCGCGGCGCUGUGGAACAACCCGCAGAUUCUGGUCUUGGACGAGCCGACAAACUUCUUGGACAGAGAGGCUGUAGCCAUGCUUGCAACUGCCAUUCGUGAAUGGGCAGGCGCUGUGGUCAUCAUCACGCACAACAUGCAGUUCGUCGAGGCGCUCUGCACGGACAUCUGGACAGUUGAAGGUGGUCGGAUCGUCGACAAGAAGAAGACUAUUUUGGCUACGGAGCACUUCGGCGCUGCUGGCGACGAUGACGGAGCAAGCACACCAGGUGUCAGCACCCCCGGCGGUCCUUCAACGCCAUUGCCCGGAAGCAAGGUGGCAAGCCGCAUCACCAGCAAGGCCGGCACGCCGGCCACGAGCAACUCUAACACGCCUGCGGGCUCUGAUGCAGAGGACCAGGACAUGUCGAAGCUCAAAGCUGCCAAGGGCAAGAAGAAGAAGAUGACGAGGAACGAGAAGAAAGCGCAAGAGGAGAGGAGGAGGCUGAGGAUGAUCAAGUGGCUCAACGAGGGUGGCGAAAAGCCCACCAAUUCAGACGAAGAGUGAUUCAGCUACAUAGAUUCCCCCAGAUAUCUUCUCUGCUUCCGUCUCCUUCUUCAUCAUAGACAUGACCGACAUUCCAUCAUCCCAAAAAGAGACUUGACAUGUAAUAUUCAAGACUUUACAAUAUAGAUGCCUUCUCUGAC